UAUCGUCGGACUGAGAAGAAAGGGGGUUGAUGGUCAAAUGAUACCAACAAUGUCAGGCUAAUUGCCAAUAAAUAAACAAUCGACCACUACUGGCUGAUGCUAAAAGGUUUUACAAGUUGGCAUCGAAGCGCCAUCUCAGACAACAUUUGAAAGAUGUCAGAGGCCCUCAUCCUCACCUUUCAGUCCCAGCUCUCCAGCCUGUUGGAGACUGUCCUCAAGUCAGCCAUGUAUGAGAUCACUAGGCUGGUGGAGGACAGCUUCUUAGAGGAAAUGGGCCGUGGAAGGCAGGAAGUCGAGAUGCUGCAGUUGAAACUACAGCUAUCUGAGCUCAAACUAAGGGAAAAAGAGCGUGAAAAAGUGAAGCGGGUGAGGUGUGUAAACUGUGGAAGAGCUAGCGCCUCCAGUGACGGAACACACAAUGAGCCACAAACAGAGGCCGACACCCUCUGCCUGAGCCUGAGUGUCCGUGAGCAGCGCCAGUGUGGACAGCUGUGUGAAGAAGAGGAGUGGAGCUCCACGGAGAUACGCGAUAGCAAGCCUUGUGUAGCCCCUUCCUAUAUUAACGACAAGGGGGACAGUCAAAACCUGAGUUUGUCAUCUCCAUCUUCAACACCAGACAAACAGUGGACAUUGCAGAGCCCCGUUUCAACGUCUGGAUCUGCCACAAACCAGGAGAUUGAUUCCCUCUCUGGUGCCAAGCACGAAAACAGACACGCGGCCGACCCUGGAGGGCUGCUCUCCUCGUCCCACGUCAGAGAGAGUGUUCAGGAGCCACAGGCAGCACAGACAAGCCUGCAAGCCACGUUAGCAGUACCAGGCAGCAGCCGCCACAGUAGCACCAGCAGUGACUUGGUUCCCCCCUCUGCUUUCCCUGAUCUUAAGUCGGAGAGCGACUCGGCAGCCCCGUUUCUUAUUAAGGAGGAGGAAGAGGCCUUGCCGGUGUGGAACCCCAGUCACGAGGAAGAGCUUUGUCAGGACAUGGCCAAUCCACCAGAGACACACUCCAGCGCGCCCUGGAACCAGGAGGAGAUGCAGGUAGAGACCCUUAACAAUAUCUCCCCUCUUGUCUCACAGGAGACAGACGCGUUCGUCAUGUCGUAUUCUGUUAAGCUGGACACACUGGCGUCACAAAGCGGGCAGGUCCAGCCCCUGCUAUUCAGUCCAGCAAUGGCAGAUUUGACUGACAAGUCAGUUGGAUCUGAUUUACAGGUUCAGGGCGUUGUUGGAUACACCACUCCCAACAACAGCUCGGUGUUGAGUGAAAACUCACCCGUGUCCCGACCACAAGGCGUCCGUGAGGAGAGGGCCUUUGGCUGCUCUAUAUGCCCAAAGAGGUUCUCGACAUAUAAGUAUCUGAAAGCGCACCAGAAGCUCCAUACUGAAAAGCGGCACCCGUGUAUGCAGUGCGGGAGAGGGUUUCAGCACCUGUGCCACCUGAAGGCCCACAUGCUCACUCACACGGGGAGGAAGCCGAUUAACUGCCCCCACUGCGACAAAAGCUUUGUGUAUAACUUUGAGCUAAAGAUCCACCUUAGGCAGCACUCAGGCGAGAAGCCCUACGUGUGCGCGCACUGCGGGAAAGGCUUCGCUCGGCUGAGCAACUUCAAGCAGCACCAGAACAUCCACACGCGAGAGAAAGUGUACGGCUGUGCCUUCUGUGGCAUGAGGUUCACGCGCUCGAGCAACCUGAGGGUCCACCUGCGGCGGCACAGCAGUCCGGGCGACUCCUGUCUGUGAUGUGGCCGAUCUGAAGGAGGCCUUGUUGACCAAGCAGAGACUGUCAGACUUAAAAUAAAGAAAUAAUGAAUAAAUAAACCACAUCAAUAAGGACGCUUUCAAGUUCCACUCAGUCAGGUCCUUCAGCGCUAUAGUGCAUUGUGGACAACUGCUUUUAUAUGCAUGUGGUCAUGUAGAUCAGCCAUCUGGUUACAUUCACAGCAGGUGUGAUUUAAAACAAAGCUGAUUCAUAAAUGUCCAGAGAAUUGAGAAUUGUAAUGAUAAAUUAAAGAUUUUUUUUUGUGUGUGAUGAACAAGUGUUACAAUUCUGAAAGGACACUCUUUACACAGGUAGCCUUAAUCUGAGGUUCGUGUGAGAUAUUCAUUAAACCAUUUUAAAUGUCUCCACAUUGUAUCAGUGUCAAUGGUUGACAUGGUUGGAAUGUCUGCUUGUUUGAAAUGGCAUUCAUGCAGGGCUUGUCAAGUGCAACUUACACAAGAUGGACACACUUAUACAUGUAUGGAGUAUGACUACUGAAGUAAAUCCACACUUGCCUUAGUGUUACUUGUGCAACAUUUUGUGUUUUUUCAACUGCUGAUACAGAACACGGUUUAUUAAGUUCAGACAUUCUUCUCAUCAUUGAUUUUGUCUAUAUCCCCUAAAGACUAUUUGUCAUAAUUACAUUUUCUAUCAUAUAUUCAGGAGUUAUAAAAAGGUUCGCUCUUACAAAGCAUUUUGUAAUGUCAGAUGCAGUAGAAAAAACAAGGAAACUGAUAAAAGUUGUCACUUUA